AUGAACAGCCUCCCCACUCUCCCUGACUUUUCUCUUGGGGCUGAGGCAGAGGAGUCUUGCCUGUCGCCUGGAUCUCCAGAGCUGUGUGAGGAACAUGACGAGGGCUUGUCUCUGUUCUGUGUGGAUGACUUGGAGCCUUUAUGUGGGCGAUGUGCUGCCACAGGGAGUCAUACAGGACACAGAGUUUACCCCUUAACAGAAGCUGCAGCUGACUGCAAGGAGGAACUGAGAACAUCACUGGAUGGACUGCAAGAGAAGGUGAUCCGCUUUGAGAAUGUAAUACGGAUUUGUGAACAUGCAUCAAAACACAAUAAGGCCCAGGCUCAGCUUACACAGGGGCAGAUUAAAGAGGAUUUCGAGAAACUUCACCAGUUUUUGAGAGAGGAGGAAGAAGCCAGGCUAGCUGCACUCAGGAAGGAACAUGAGCAGAGGAGGAGAGAGGCAGAAGAAAGCAUGGACAGAAUGACCCAGGCAAUGAAGACGACAGAAGAGAAGAUCCAGCUGAUUGAGGAGGAGCUGGAUGCAGAGGGGGAUGGGGUUAAAUUUUUACAGGGUUACGGAGAGCCGGAGGAGGCUUUUAGACCUCUAAUCGAUGUGGCCAAACAUCUGGGCAACCUCCGAUACGCCAUCUGGGACAAGAUGAAACACAUCACCUGCUACAUUCCAGUGACCCUGGACCCCAGAACAGCUUCCCAAUCUUUGAGGCUGUCUCCUGGGCUACACAGUGUACAGAUGGCCGCCAGGCCAUCCCAAGACCUGGAGCAGCCUCUAGGCACUGCUGUGCCUGUGCCAGCCAACCCUGAACGUUUCCACCCUUACUCCUGUGUCCUAGCGAGAGAGAGCUAUGACUCAGGAAUACACUGUUGGGAUAUUGAGGUUGGUGACAGCAACAACUGGACGAUCGGUGUGGCUGGACAGUCGCUGUGCCGAAGGGAAGAGUUUGAGGCUUGCCCAGAGGCAGGGCUUUGGUGUAUCAGCCUACGGGAGGGCGAGUACCAAGCGCUGACUUCUCCCUCUCAGAUCCUCCACCUUGACAAGUCACACCGCCUUAAGAGAGUGCACGUAAGGCUGGACUGCGAUGAAGGCCAGCUGGAUUUCACAGAUGCUGAUACUGGCCUUCAUCUUUUCACAUUUACACAUCAUUUUUCUGAAAAGGUUUACCCAUACUUUGAGAGUAUAUCAGUUUGUGGCGUCCUUGAAGUGUUGGCACAGAGAGUGCAUGUGAGUGUGGGCUCAGAUCCCAUUCCUGCAGAAGGAGCUGCUAUCAGUGGAGGGGAUCCAGGAGAGAUCAUCGUAAAAUCCACCGACAAGAAUACAUCAACAAAUUUUAGCCAGACCCAGGAAAAGGGAUCCAUCAGUGAGGGUAAAGCUCACAUUGGUGGAUCCACCAGUAACAACCAACUCGCCAAAACCAAACCCACUGGAAGAGAAAGGAAAACAAACAGUAAAACACCAGUCAGCAAGACCAAACUGAGUUACCAUAUCUCAUCACUGAAAAGAGCUUCUAACAUCACAGCUCAUACGUCUGACACAGCCCAACAGAUCUAG